AUGAACGUAGACGAUUUGCUAAAUCAGUUAGAUGACCUUGAUUUUUCAAAUAUGAAUGUCAAAUAAAAGCAAUAGGGAAGCUAAUAAAAAAGUACUUCAGCUACUGGAUCAUUUUAAUAAACAUCUUAUCAAUCUUAUGACCAAAAGCUUACAAGCGUUAGCAAUUAACCCAAUACUAACUCUACAUUAAAUAAAUAUAAUCCGUUUCAAGAAGAUGAAGAUUACUUUAAACCUACUUCAGUUCCAACAAAGCCAUAAACAAGUUUAUAAAAAGAUUAAUAUAUUUCAAAUUAAAGCUAUAAGCAAUCAUCUAAUGAUAAUAAUAAAGGAUUAGGAGAUAUUGAUGAUCUAUUAGACAUUCUUAAUCAAGAAGAUUAUAAAGUUUAAAAGGGUUAAACAAAGGUAGCAUAAUAAGAUAUUUCAUAGCCAAUUAAAUAGAGUGAUGCUCCUAAAGCUAAUCAAAAGCUAACAACUUGCUUGAAUCCUUAUCUUUGUAAUGGUAAUUCAGAUUAUGCAAGUGACGAAUUUAAUAUGAGAAAAAGAGUCUGUAAUGCUUUAAGAUGCUCUUUAUGUAAUAUAAUGAUCACUAAAUUAGUUGAUUAUAAAUGGGCUUAGGAUGCAGAUCUAUUAUUCUUUAGGAAUAACUUCUCAAGAAAAGAAAAAUUGAUUACAAAAGCCAUUAGCGAUAGCUCAUACAGUGCUUAUUCUUGUCAGUGCAGAGGUACUUCUGUUAAUAAAUUAACUACUCUUGCCGAGUGUAACAUGAAAGAGUGGCGCUGCACUGGACACUUCGACUGA